CUCGUUGCUUCGCGUAAGAAGGGCAGUUCCGUUGUACUUUCGCUUUUGUAUUUCACAAAAGUCUUCUUUGAAGUUUAUUAGAAAUUAUGAAAAGUUAUCGGUUGCGGCUUUUAAUAAAGUUAAGGCUUCGGGUUAUCACAGCAGUUCUAUUGCAAAUUUUCGGGCGGGUAUCAAGCUUAACGAAACCAUUCCUGAAGCUCAAGUUGUUGAAGAGAUAAAGAAAAAUGACAGUGCUUCUAAAGAAAAAAUUAUAAAAGGAAACGCUGAAAAUCUCCAGUUUCAAGCAGAAACGCAACAAUUACUUCAUAUUGUUGCGACUUCUCUUUAUUCCGAUCGAGAAGUAUUCAUUCGUGAGUUGAUUUCAAACGCUUCUGAUGCCCUUGAAAAAUUACGUUUCUAUAAAUUGACUGAUGAAGCUGCUAAGGAUUGCAGCGAUUCACUUUCGAUCAGCAUUCGCGUUGAACCAGAGAAGAAGAUUUUUGAAAUUCAGGAUAACGGUGUUGGGAUGACGCGCGAGGAACUUAUUCAGAAUUUGGGCACUAUUGCUCAUUCUGGCAGCAAAGCAUUCUUGAAUAAAUUAAAAGAAUCUGGAAAAUCCAGCGAGGGCAUUAUUGGGCAGUUUGGCGUCGGAUUCUACUCCACCUUUAUGGUGGGAAAUUCCGUAACGGUUUAUACAAAAUCUUCUUUGCCGAAUAGUACAGGAUAUUGUUGGAAAUCAGAUGGAACUGGAACUUAUUCGAUUUCCGAAGCUGAAAAUGUUGAUGAAGGCACCACAAUUAUAAUUCAUUUAAGAGACGAUUGUCUUGAUUUUGCUAAGGAAAGCAAAAUUAUUGAUCUUGUCAAAAACAUGAGCAACUUUGUGGGGUUCCCCGUGACUGUGAAUGGAGCAAAAGUGAAUACAGUCGAGCCGCUUUGGACCCUCGACCCGAAAAAAGUGACGACCGAGCAACACAACGAGUUCUACCGGUUUAUCUCUGCCAUGUGGGACACCCCUACAUACCACGUGUUGUUUCGCACUGACGCACCAAUUGACAUUAAUGCCCUCCUUUAUUUCCCCUCGUCCAAUUCCGAGCGCUUCGGCAUGGGUCAGAUGGACUUUGGCGUUUCCCAUUACUCUAAGAAGGUUCUCAUCCAAAAGAAACCCGAGAAGCUUCUCCCCACGUGGCUGCGGUUUGUGAAAGGCAUCGUGGAUAGCGCUGACUUGCCGUUAAACUUGAGUCGGGAACUGCUGCAGGACAGUCGCCUGAUUGGGCGCAUCAAGAGCGUUCUGUCCAAUAAGAUUAUCAGAUUUCUUGAGGAGCGUCUCAAAUCCGACCCAAAGAUGUACGACACGUGGUUUGCUGAGUUCGGCAAUUUCAUUCGUGAGGGCGUCUGCACCGACUCGGAAAAUAGCGCGAACAUUGCAAAAUUGCUACGCUUUGAGUCUUCCACCAGGCAGGAAGGUGAACUUAUGUCUCUCCAAGAGUACGUUAAUGCCAUGCCGGACAGCCAGAAGGAAAUUUAUUACAUCUCAGCUUCCGAUCGGAAAACUGCUGAGUCCUCUCCGUAUUUGGAAGCCUUUAAGGACCAUACGGUCUUGUUUUCGUAUGAGCCGUUGGAUGAGAUCGUCAUGACAAACCUUCAAAAGUUUGCUGGAAAACCGCUCAAAUCCGUGGAGUCUUCCGAUGGGCUAAGCAGCGAGCAACUUCCGGAAAAGCAGGACCACGUGGAUGAGGCGUGCCGCUGGUUUCAGGACGCCUUGGGGCCACAGGUCACAAGUGUGAAGCCCUCGCGCCGGCUCUCGUCCUCUCCUGCGCUGGUGGUCGACCACGAAUCACCCGCCAUGCGUCGUAUUCUCCGCCAGAUUGAUUCGAAGCGGACACGUGCUAUAAAAGUGAAUUUCGAGAUUAAUUUGAAUCACGAUCUUAUCAAGAAUAUAUUAGAACUCAGAAAUAAAGAUGAAGCGCUCGCUCGUCAUCUUGCCUUACAAGUGUUUAAUAACGCGUUGAUCUCGGCUGGAUUAGUAGAUGAUCCCCGUUCUUUACUUCCUUCCAUCAACUCUUUAUUGGAAGCUAUCACUAAAUUAACUGAAGUAAAGAAAAACUAAUUGGAAUUGAAAAUUCUUAGAUUUUUGAGACAUUAAAAAAUUUUUCCC